AUGAGCAGGAAGUAUGGAGAAAGCCAGCUUCCUCUGCUGGGAACCAAAACACCGCCCUCUUCCCCUCACAGAGUCAGUGAAGUCAGGAUGGUUGAUGGGCAGAUAAUUGGAGGGGUGGGCCUAUUGCCUCCAGAGAGGAUGUCACCGAUUCGCCGGUCCCUGCGGUGGGACAGUAACGGGGCCACAGUGGAGGUUGUAAACAGAAGCAGAACAAGUUGCUCGUCGUCCUCCACCUCGUCUGUUUUUGUGGACAGCCCUCUGGGCCAACCUGAGAGACUGUUUGAGGGUCACGUGAGUGCCAGCAAUGCCCAAAGUGAGAGAAUGAAAGCCAUGGAGGAGCAGAUAGCCAGUCUAGCAGGUCUGGUGCAACAUGCUCUCUCUAUGGGACCAGAUCUUCCAGGAGUCAAGGAGGCUGUCAGUGAAACUGCUGGACUCAAACUCUUCCUCAACAGACCUGGAGUGUCUGCUGAGCCUCAGAACCCCACUGCUUUGAUUGACGCCAUCAGCCCCGCCCCUCUGGCUCUACAGGCCCCACCCUCUGGCAGCGGCCUGCGGCCAAGCUUGGUGUUGGCAAAGAGAAAGGUGUGCGAGCUGCGACUCCAACUCAACCAGCUCAGACUCUUACAGCUGUCGAACCAGGAGAGUGUGAGCUCGAUGCUGCGGAUGGCAGGUCAGGAGCUGGUGGUGUUGAUGUGCAGUCAGCUGGCUCAGUCUGAGGAGGCAGCGUACAGACGGAGAGCUGCGAUGGAGGAGGAGAGGAUCCACUACCUGGCUACAGAGGAGAAGAUACUCACACAGCUCAGAUUCAGUUCAAACUCCUCCUCACUCCCAACCGGGCCCCCUACUACAUCUCCCACCUUCUCCACCAUCGUGCUCCUUAUGACCCACCUCCCAUCUCCAAUGUCGAGGACCAAGUCCUUGUGA